ACAAGGCAUCAGCGGCGCCCCUCCUCCAUCAGCUGACGACGGUUCAUAGCGUCAGGAAGUGUUUCAGAGCUAGCCGGAACAUAAGGAGGACAAGCUGUUUAACACUAAGCUGUUGGGACAACACACUAAGCGUUUAAUGCCAUCAGAACAUGGAGAACUACAGCAGUGGUCGGCCAUGGGGAAAGCUGGUCAAAGUGGACUCGGGUGAAACAAUUCUGCUUUUCAGUAAGGAAUGCACAGUCGGCAGAAAAAAAGGAUGCUUUCUGUCCUUUCCAGCCAAUAAACUUGUCUCAGGGGAGCACUGCAAGAUAGUGAAAGAUGAACACUCAGGGCGGGUUUGGCUUGAAGACACAAGCACUAAUGGCACCGUGAUCAACAUGUCCAAAGUGGUGAAGAAGCAGACUCACAUGCUGCAGAACGGUGAUGUCAUCUACUUUGUGUGCAGGAAGAGUGAGCCAGAGCAAAGCAUUGCCUACGUUUACCACUCUUUAAACCUGGAGAACGCUGUUUCAGAGGACAGUUAUAAUAUAGAGAGGCCAGCCUACAGUCUGUCUCCCGUUCUGUCAUCAGAGAUGUCCCUUUCUGUGGAACCCGUAAUGCUCACAAAAGCUCCUCGGGAUCCAUCUCAGGAGGAACCUCAGCCUUCCACCUCUGCUUCCCACUUCUGUAUUGAGAACCUCUUGUCCGAAGGCCACGGGACAUCAACAUCCUCAGCUUUUGGCCAAGCUAAGGGUGCAGCCUAUGCGCUAGAAAAACACCCAGACAACCUGGAACCAGAAUGCAAAAGGAGGAGAACAGAUGAUGGUAAAGACUCUGAUCUGGGUUCAGCACAGGCCGUUUGUACAGAGAUGGAAGGAUCACCUAAGGGAGGUCCUUGGCCUAAACCACCUGUGGACGAGACUAAAACAGACAAGAUGGAGGAGUCGCUUACAUGCGUUAUUUGCCAGGACCUACUGCAUGACUGCAUCAGCUUGCAGCCUUGCAUGCACGCUUUCUGUGCUGCCUGCUACUCGGGUUGGAUGGAGCGCUCCUCGCUGUGUCCCGCCUGCCGCUGCCCAGUGGAGAGGAUUUGUAAAAACCACAUUCUAAACAACCUGGUGGAGGCCUACCUCAUCCAGCAUCCAGAAAAGUGUCGCAGUGAGGAGGACCUGAAGAGCAUGGACAGCCGUAACAAGAUAACUCAGGACAUGUUGCAACCAAAAGUUGAAUAUUCCUUCUCUGAUGAGGAGGGCAGUUCUGAUUACCUCUUUGAGCUCUCUGACCAUGACAGCGACUCCUCAGACAUUAGUCAGCAUCUUGUGAUGUGCAGGCAGUGUCCAAGUCACUUGAAGGAUAUGGGCCAUGUUCUGGUUGCUUCGAGCCCAAACAAUUGUUCCUCCGGUCUUCCAACACUACCACCUCUAAUACCUCCUCCCGAACCUGCAUGUGAAGAGGGGGCAGCAAAGCCAGCUGGAGAGCAGCCCUCAACAUCCUCUGAUCAGCCCUCAACUGAUGCACCUCAGGAGUACUGCUGCCCCCCUCAGGGCUGCCACAUUUUCUGCACAUGCUGCCUUCAGCCCAUGCCAGACAGACGGGCCGAGCUAAACAACCAGCAGCAGGUUAUCAUUCAACAAUGUACGCUGUGCCACAGGCCGUUCUGUCAUAUGUACUGGGGGUGCCAGAAGAUUGGCUGUCAUGGCUGCUUGACUCGAUUCAGCGAACUUAAACUUAUAGACAAGUAUCUGGAUGCUCUGCUGAACAACAAUAACUAUGAAUCAGACAUUCUACGUAACUACCUCUCUGCUAAGGGGAAGACAUGGAAAGAUCUGCUCCAGGAGUCUUUGCAAGACUUACAGCAGGGAAAAUAUUUCCUGACAGACUGUCGCAUCUCUGCGAACACGAUACUCUGCUUCAGCUGCGGUGUGCGAGCCUUCAAAGAGCUGGCCUACAAGUACAGACAGAAUAUCCCUCCAUCUGAACUGCCAGCCUACGUAACCUCUCGUCCUGACUGCUACUGGGGACGUAAUUGUCGCACGCAGGUGAAGGUGCAUCAUGCAAUGAAAUUCAACCACAUAUGCGAACAGACACGCUUCAAGAGCUGAAGGAGCUGCAUGUUUGCUUCUUCUCCCAAACUGUGUCAAAUGUAGAUAAGUCAGUAUCUUGUGCACUUGUGAAACACAAUCUUGAUAGGUUUUGCUCUGUCCAUUGUAGACAACUGCCUUACAUAUUAACAAUCAAUGUCCAUUUACAAUGAUGACCAUGUUCUCCCAAAUCUGAGGAGAACAAAAUCUAUGCAGAUUCGGAUUAAACCCUUGGAGUGUAAUCUUGUUGGACAAAUGGCACCAACUGUCAUUUGUAUAGGUUGCUGUUUUGUGCCAUUAUUUAGAAUAAACUGGCAGAAACAGUCGGCAUCCUUUGUUAAAGUAAUCAUGUAAAUUGUCCUUCUUAAUAUCUCCAUCUAUCAGCCUGUGCAUCUAGGACAUACCAAAACAUUAGAAUCAUGCCUGGCAGUCUGUAUUUAUACAAAAUGGGGCUGGGUAUACAUGCUAAUACAAGUCUGUUUGUAUGUCCCUUACAAAGCUUAAACAAUACAUCGCAUGGAUUUUUUUUCUUUCUAUUUGAGAUCAUUAUUUUAGUAUUUUCAUAAUCUGCUAGAUUUACUAUUCAGGGCUUUCACAACUCAUUGCAUUUAAAUAGUUGUGUAAAAUCUUAUAUAUCUCAAUAAUACUAUCUAUAAAUAAAUAGUACUCAGUAAAUUAGAAUAUUAUUUGCCAAGUUAAUUUAUUUCAGAUUAUAUAGAUUCAUUACUCAGACUCUCAAGUGUUUGAGUGAUUACGGAAACCCAACACAUUUUUCAGUAAAUUGAAAAAUCUGAAAAUAUUCCAAGACCAAAUAGUGUUAUGGCAUUUAUACAAUCAUCCGGAAGACUGCUAGCUCUACAGUUGCCCAGCAGAAAGUCACUGGCAGUCUACAUAGAAAGCAAACCAUAAAACGUCAUUGCUAAAGAAGCUGGCUGCUAUAUUUACACAAAAGAAUGGAAGGUUGAGUGGAAGGAAAAAGUGUGCUAUAUCUGACUUUGACUCUGUUAAGUGCUUUGUUCUGUAUUUUCAUCUCUGAGGUGACUUAGUGAAGUGCACAGAGGGCACUUUCUUGUUUCCUCGUAGUAAGGGCUAAUCUGUGAUGAAAUGCACAGCUUCCCUAUGUAGACAUUCAGGAAAAUCAAAGUGAUGUCAAAGCAGCUAUGAAUCUUUUAGCUGCAUAAUCCUGAAACUGUUGAAGAAUCAUGCCAAUUCAGAUCCUCAAUUGUCCACAUACUUCUUACCUCUGAUCAGCAUGUUGAUCUGUGUCGAGUUUCUCUAUUUCUCCUCAGGUACACAAUGCUGCAGUUUUAUUUGAAAACUGCAGAUCUGCCACAUUCGGUGGUUGAAAAUUCCUUUUCAAAAUGGGAAAAGCAGAGAUACAUAAAUGCACUGACAUCCUUUUUAAGACUAUCAUCGUUUCAAAAAGUCUCUAUAUUAAUGUAGUAAAAACUAGACAAAUCAAUCUUGGCUUCUUCUAGUUUCUGAUUCCUAUCAGUUAAAACCUCUGCACUGUAGUUUAAAGGAGGCCUUUUAUAUUGAAAUAAUAAUCUGUAGUAUCACUAAUCUUCCCUUUUGACCCUGUCCUGGAUCACAGUUAUUGGUGUGGAUGUGAAGUAGAAACAAUGUUUAUGGCAGGCCUUAGAAAGGCUAUUGCAUUUCAUGUGGAUUUAUUUUUCUACAUUUAUGUAGCUUCUUUUAGUUAUAAUUGUUUUAUUGUACAUGAGAUAUCUUUGCACCUGUUCCACACAUAAGAGAAAGUCUAAAACAUGAUCAAACAUCCUAAGACAUUCUGUCUUAGGAAAUAAAGAUCCUUUAUAGUGUGAGAAAGUUGUCAAUUUGAUAUACAUUUAACUCUGUGCUUUUUGUUAUUCCAAAUAUUGUUUUGUUAUGAUGCCACUAAAUCUAGGAGGACAUUUUUAAAGUGUAGUUGUUAAAUGGCACAUUCCUCUUGUCAGCCUAAGUUUCUACCUUCAUAUGUGGGAUUUAGCUCAUUAUUUUCUGUAUAUGUAUCUUUUUUUUUUUAAAGUCAUGCUCAGCCCAUCGGCGCAAGCCUGAUCGAUCCCCUCACAGACGAGUGUUAAUUAUUCGCUACAGGAGAUCCGGCCGCCCUAAGCUAACAACAAUCCCAAGCCGCUCCAACAAGGAAUCGGUAUUAGCCGCUUUCCUGGAGUGCUUUGCUUUUUCCUACAGUGUUGGGUGUGUUUGGGGCCUGGGUUAUUAUGUUGUACACCAAGCUGCAGAAUAGGUCUGGGUGAAGCUCCUCAAGAGUAAAUCAGGUUUUAUUCUACCUCAUCACAACACACACAAAUUAAAGAUGUUUGCAUCAGAUUUAAAAAGAAAAAACUGAGAAGCUGCAUGUGUGUUCUCAAUAAGGUGGAUGUAACUUUUAUAAAUGCCUGUAGGAUUGUACGCAAUGCACUAUUUUAAGAAUGAAUCUAGAUUAUAAUCACCCUCUCGUUUAACCACAGACGAUCUUCAGGAACAUGCAGAAAUUAGUCAUGGACUUUGAGAAAUGUUUGUUUUAUCAAGUUGUAUUAGCUGUACUAAAACUGUAUUUGAAAUGUAUCUAGUUUUUGUUCAUUCAUUUAAAUACAUUAAAAGUGAUAUAGCUCAGAAAA